AUCACACUCGGAGCGUGUCAGUGAAUGCAUGACAAUAUAACUAGAAAUUGUUAGCUAAUCGCUUCUAGGGCUUACUUAUUCCUGAGCGUCGUCACCAGCAACGGAUAUCGAAACCCGGGUGCUUAUGGGUGCAUAAUGCAUAGUUCUAGGCAGUAGCUGGCAAAAUUGCAAACCGCGCGAGCAGCGCCCUGGUAAACUCCGACAGGUUGCAACGUCGCGGCGAACACGCAAGCGUCGCUAAAGUGGCAUAAUUUUGAAGGGAGCUUUGGCAGGCUCCUAUGCACGCGCUGCCCCGGGCCGAGCCCCCGACGAGAGCACUGGGCUGCCUGGCCCUGCACACCCGCGGUGGCCACUCGACCCCCCACUGGACGUGCUCUGCCCACGCCCUAGCACCGCCGUCGCCCUCAGGCUCUCCCCACGGCCGCGGCGCGGCCAGCUCCGGGCCCUGCUCCUCCGCAGGCCCCAACCACACGGCAGCGCCCCGCGCCAGCACUACCAGCGCUGCACCUUUGUACGGUGCAGCUACUCUCACAGCCUCCACAGCUUCCACAGGCGUUGCGCGCGGCGUCCGUUGCUGGGCUGCGUGCGGCCCCACGGCGCCGCUCUCGCUGGGCGCUGGCUCGGUCGGCAACGGCUGUCGUGCCUGCUGCCCGGGUGCGGGGCCACUCAGCUCGGCGUGGCCGUGUCGCUGUGUGUCUGGGACGCAGCUAGGACCCGGCGCCUCGCAACCAGCCAGGCCGCGCAUCGACCAGCGCCUAACGCCAGGCGCUGAGGCGAGGGGGGGCGGAGGCGGCGGCGGCAGCUACUCCAGCGGCGGCGGCGGCAACAGCAGCAUCGGCGGUGUAUUCUUGGCGUCGGUUGCAGCAUCAGCAGCCGUUGCUUCGGUCGGGACGAGCGGGGCACUUGCCGAGGGUGCUGCGCUGAGGUCGACCUCGUCUCAGCUUCGGCUCCUUCCGUCGACGUCACAGCACCUGCGGGCCCCAGCGCGCGCCCCGCCGCUGUCUUGUCCCCGCCCGGCGGCGGCGGCAGUAGCAGCAGCCUCAGCCUCAGCCGCAAGCGGCGGCGGCACAGGUCCCAGCACCAGCCCGGCGUCAAACCCCAGCAGCGCAAGCCGGAGGUCGCCGCUGGUACUGGUGGGCAGCGGCAGUAGCAGCAGCAGCAGUAGCAGACCCGCAGGCCGCGCUGUAGCAGCAGCGGGCCCGACCCAGAUGGCGGCGUUUGAAGCGGCGGUUGCGCCGAGCGAGGCUAGCGCCCGAUGGCCGCCGGUCUCGGAGCGGCUUGACGCGGUGGCGGCGAGGCUGCGGGCGCAGCCGCAGGCGCAGCACAAGCCGGUGUCGGACCGCGCGGCCGCGGUGCUGGUGGGGCUGUUCGAGGACUCGACCGGGGUGGUGCGGGUGCUGCUCACGCAGCGCUCCAGCCGGCUCAAGAGCCACCGCGGCGAGGUGUGUCUGCCGGGCGGCAAGCGAGACGAGGAGGACGCGGACGAUGCGGCGACGGCGCUGCGGGAGGCAAACGAGGAGCUUGGUCUGGACCCCUCCUCCGCGGACGUGCUGUGCUGCCUGCCGCCCGUGCUGUCCAAGCACCACCUGUCCGUGACGCCAGUGCUGGCGCUGCUGCCGCCCGGGGCGGUGCCGGCGCCGCACCCGGCCGAGGUGGACGCGGCCUUCACGGUGCCCCUUGCAGUGUUCCUGGGCACAUACGCCGACCCGCGCCGGACGGCUGGCGGCGGCUCGGGCGGUGUCGGCGCCGGUGGGCAGCAGCAGGCCGCGACUUCGUCGGCCCAGCCACCGGCGCCUGUCGACGACGGCGGCGACAGCACUGGCAGGCGCACCCGCCGCCGGCGCAGCGCCGCCACCGCCGCCGGCGACAGCGCCGCCGCUGCUGCAGCGGCCACAGAUACGGAGCCGAAGCCGCUCAGCUGGCGGCCGCCGUCUGCCUCAGCCUCCAAAGCAACUGCGGCUGCCGCAGCGGCUGCGGGCGUGGGCGUGGGCGCGCGCGAGGGCGAGGGCGCGGGUGCCGGUGUGGCCAUCGGCUCGGACUGUGCGUACGGCAAUGCGGUGCACGAGUACCGGGACAUCAGCUGGGGCGAGCACGAGUACCGCAUCCACUCCUUCCAGUACGGGGACUUUGACGUGUGGGGCCUCACCGCCACGAUCUGCAUUGCGGCGGCACGCCUGGCGCUGGGCCGGGAGCCGAGCUUCCAGGAGCGCUGCCUCGGCGGCCAGCACUACAGCUGCUUCUACUGGGACGGCUCCGCACUGCGUGUGCGACCCGAGGCCGAGAUCGCACACGCCGACGCCGCCUCGGCUGCAGCUGCUACUGCUGAUGCGGCUGCGGGGCCGGGCCCUGCGGCUGUAGCAGCGCGGGCUGGCCGGGCGGGCGAGGGCGGUGUGCUGCAGCUGCCCAGCCGCGAGGACCUGGCAGCGGCGGCGGAUGUGGCCGUGGAGGCGGUGGAGGCGGAGGUGGUCAUCGCGGCGUCGGGCUCGGCAUAGGCGAAAGCAUGGCAGGGAUGGCAGGCAGCUUGGGUAGUGUGCAUAUGGUACAGGCAGUGAGGCGCAGAGAGGACGUGUAGGCAAGUCAUACCGCACAUAGUGCAAAUAGUGCAAAUUGAGGGUAGUCUAGUGCGAAGUGAAGGUAAUCUGUGCCUGGAACGGAUGUGUGCGGCAGGAGUGCUAGACGGGCUGAGUAGCCGGCAGGUGAGGCCCAGCUGCAAGCCGGACUAGGUGUUCUUGCAGAGGUUGUUAGGAUUGGGAGGAGGCGCAAGAUGGCUCACGAGACACGCCGCUUGUGUGGUCUGUGGAAGUGUGAUGGGACAGGGUUUAGGCAGGUUGGCGAGGUCGCGCAGGGUGCAGCUAAUUCCCAGACCCCAGAAGAUGGCAAACAAUUUGCAACGGCAGUGCAGGAGUGCGCGGCUGGUCGAACGUUGUGUGGUCUGUGGAUGGAAGGACCGCAAGGACAGGUGGGUGGCUGAGCGGUGGCUCGCGCCGGCGCAUCGGGCCGGCAGAUAUGGGUGACAGACUGACAGCUUGAUGGGAACAUGUGUAAUCACAUGCGUAU